CUCAGCAGUGGUCCCAGGGCUGUAUUUCUGAAGGGGGUGGCCUUUCCUCGGCUGCCAUGAAGGCACUACUAGCUUUAAUAUUGCUCGUUCAGCUUCCAGCUCACAGAGCUGCUCCCGCAGCUCCCCCCCCAGCUCCCCUGGGCUGCGAUGACCCAGAAUCGGAGGCAGCAGCCGAAUUUGCUGUGAAUUAUAUUAAUGGCCACAGUCACCACGGAUACAAGUUUGCCUUAAACAGAAUCGACAAUAUCCGCGUGGUGUCCCAGGGGCUGAAUAAUGACAUAAUGUUCCUCGAACUGGACUUAUUAGAGACCACGUGCCACAUCCUCAGCCCCACGCCUCUUGCAAACUGCACAGUGCGGAGCUUCACAGAACACGCAGUUGAGGGUGACUGUGAUGUCAAACUGCAGAAGCUGAAUGGAAAGUUAUCUGUACUCGCGAGUAAAUGCCACUCACACGCAGACUCCAGCGAAGACCUCCUCCAGACGUGCCCCGACUGCCCGCUGCUGGCGAGCCUCAACGACACCGAGGUGUUGGCCACCGUCACGGCCGCGCUCAACCACCACAACAGCAAAACUGCCGACCCCUACCUCCAGCUCCUGGAGAUCGGGAGAGCCAGGAUACAGUAUCAGCCGGUGCACGGUGUCUUCGUGGAGUUUGCUGUGGCUGCCACCAACUGCUCGGCGGGAGAGGCGAAGGGUAACGCAGAGGCCUGUCAGCUGCUGCCCCAGGAGCAGUCCAAUUAUGGUUUCUGCGCAGCCUCAAGGUUAAUAGGCCUCUCCGAGGACCUGAGCGUGGACUGCCAGCUCUAUGGACACCAGCCUGGAGUCACCUACUCUCAACCAGGACAAGAUACAUCAGCGGGUCUGGUGCCCAGUGUAGCACAAGGCUUCACCAACCACAACCUCAGGCUGUCCCACAACAACCCUGUGGCAUCCGAAUCUGCCUCCUCAGAAUUUCCUACCUCCAAGCUCUCAGCAAAACCCGUAGCAAAGAGGGCAGUGGCAGAGGCUGCUCAGCACGACAAGGUACCUCGCCCAGUUGGCUUCGUGCCUCCUCCUCCUCCCUGCCCAGGGAAGAUUCGGCAUUUCAGUAUCUAGGCUGCUACAGACACGGAUACAGCUGCCCAGGGGUCAGUGAGCAGCAGCAGCACCCAGACCACAGCACCAAAUAGGGGAGAACACUCGUCUCUGAGCCCAAACGAGUUCUACCCUCCAGAGAGCAGAGCCGAGGCCAGGAUCCUGCAAAGGCCUGCCCCAAAAUCUAGGUGAUCACAACAUAUAGUGGUUGUUUGCUCCACAGACAGGGAUGCCCUAGUUAAAAUACAGAAAAUAAUGUUUCAAUAAAGCUGUCGUAACAGCUAUCCAACAGUUGCAGCUUUGCGAUAGAAACACCACCCGAAAGGUUACUACAAUAAAAUGUUCCACAGAAA